AUGACGUCCGGUACUGUCCCUGCAUUAUUGGUGGCCCUUUUGAGCUGUUCGCUGGUGUUUGGCCAGACUCAGCAAGUUCAAUUCAAUCAGGUGCUCAAUAUCAAUGGCGAUAUGGCUCUCAACUCCUUCCAGUUCCCCGAUCGCUCCAAGGUCGAAACCUUCUCACAGAAGCAACAACAACUAAUCGUUAAUCAACAAACUCCGGCAAUUCCCCCUAACCAAGUCACGGGUACCACCGGUCAGCCCUUUGUGGGUAUCUCGUCGCAGUCUAUGACCAUUAGUACCAAUGGAGCUACCGACCUUGUGGGUGCGCAAAUCCAGAUGUCAAUGACGCCAGAAUCCCUCCAGGCAGUUGCGGUUCAGCCUGACAAUACCUAUGUGGCUAUGCUUUCACCGGAUAGGCAGACUUGGAUGAUUCAAGAGAGUAUCAGGACGGUCAACGGCACCGACAUGACCGUCCGCAUGGUGAAACGUAAUCAACUCGACGGCGAAUACAUGAUCGUUGGUCGACAGACUGUAGAGACAAAUACACUCGUCGUCCCAUUUGGCAGUGAUUCCGCUACCUCGGUGGCCAUUCAGGGCACAGGACUCCAGGAGAACGAGUUUGAGGAUGGGUUCAGGAUGUCCACCCGUGCCUCUCAGCCCAUGACCAUGAAUGUCGACGUAAAGGACGGUAUCGACUCUAGCAUGCUGGCUGCUCUUCAAGGCCAGGAGAUUGUUAAUGAUUACCGAUACUCUGUCGUCACAAACCUGGCCGCAGUGACCCCAGAUCUCAAUCAGCAAGUCACUGUGAUCCAGAUGCCCAUCAACGCCGUUCGAAUCCAAAAGAUGAUGCAAACAAUGGGUGUUCCUCCAACUGGACAGGUAGCCAUUGCUGUUGCACAGCGCGGUGUCUUGCAGAAUCCUGGUGGUGCCACUGGAAAUCUCGGAGGCGCUGCUGCUGGUGCUCGUGCUCGCCGUGGUGAGACGCGCGAUGAAUUUAGGAAAAAGGUUGCUCGUCAGGUACAAGCUGGACAGAGCGGUCAAACUGGUCAGAACGGUCAAACUGGACAGCAGACAGGCACUGCGACCACGGGCAACAAUCCCGUAGCCGUCUCACUCCUACUUGCACCUACGUUUACCCCUAUCCAGGCCGACGCCCAGCUCGACCAAGCCAAUAUGCGCAUCGCAGUCCCAGUCCCCCAGGUCGAUGGCGAAUACAUACUCGUGAUGCAAAUGAUGAACGGUGCUGCUGCUCAACUCCAACCCACCCAGGACCAGACCCCUCCCGCCGAAGCUCCCCAGGCUCCCGAGGGCGAACAAACUGCUAACAAUGGCACCGAAACCGCGCAACCUGAACGCCGCCAGGAGAGCACUGCUACGGAUAAGUACGGGCUUCCUAAACCACCGCAGGGUGCUGUCAUCAUGACUAUGAAGGAGAUUGAUACCAUGGCCGAUGCGGUGAAGUGGGGAGGACAGUUAGGGAUUACGCAGAUGAUGCAGAACUAUGUCAAGGCGCAGACUGGGAAUGAUUUGAGCCCUGCUAAGGCUUCAGCUGGAGCGGAGACUAAGAUUGUGGUUUAG